AAUCAAACAAAAAUCAAUUUUCUUUAAUAUUUUUUUUUCUUUCCAUAAUAUUUCUUGAACCAAACAUGACCUAAUGUAUUUAUUUAUUUAUUUUUCUGAAAAUAUGGUUUAACUAGUCUUCUCCGUUGCUCCAUCACAAGAUCUGUAAAUUGUCCAAAACGCAGCGUUUUGAGCACCAGUCCGAAACCCUAGGUUUGAAGAAGGGAAGCAAGUGCUAUUGAAGCUCUAAUGGCUUCGCAACCCAUGUUAGGCCCUAGAACGCAGAGUUUUGAAGCAGAAAAAUCGGCGGCGACGCUUUUGAUUCGGCAUCUCCCCGAAGCCAUUCCUCAGGACACCCUGUCUCGCCUCUUCUCCAGCUAUGGCGCUUCUUCUGUCCGUCCUUCCACUUCUGGAAGAUUGAGGAACUGUGCAUUUGUGGAUUUCAAGAGUGAAAUGUUGGCUUCUCAAGCACUACGCCAAUUAAAUGGGCUGAGGUUUCUUGGUAAAGUUUUGUUAGUGGAGAGAGCAAAUAAGCCAACUGAGGAUGAUAAACAAAAAAGUGAAGCUCUAUUUGGCAAGGAUCUUACUAAACCUGCAUCUUUAAUAAAGGAUUUUACCAUGGCCAGAGAUCUCGGUGAAGGAUUGAAGUCAAGCUCCUUACCUGCUAGUGAACCCAUCGCUGCAAGACUCGGCAUUGAUUACCCAUUUCCUCCCCACCUUGAGUAUGUGUAAAGCCAUCCAGAUGGAAAUAUUCUGACCAACAUUGUAAAUGCUCUAAUUGCUGUUCCUCGCUUCUAUGUACAGGUGUUGCACUUGAUGAAUAAAAUGAACAUUCCAGCUCCAUUUCGUAUGGCCUUGCCCACCCCACCUAUACCACCUCCAGUACCUGCCCCGCCAACACCACCUCCACCCCCUGAAGCUGCAAGACCUAACUUGGAAGACCUAUCUAGUGGCGAGUCUGAAAUGGAAUCAUCAGAUGAGGAGGUUGAUGGCAAAGCCUAUUCUCCUGGGCCUCCAAGAGAAACAAAACCUGGUCGAAAGCGUGUCAAACGAGAAGCUAUUGCAGGCCCUGGAGUUGAUAAAGAUGUGGCUCAUGAGGCUGUUGGAGUGAAACCUGCCACCUUGGUCCCUAAAGAGAUUCCAAUGAUAAAAAAGAAGAACCCUGUGUUGCAGAUCAAAAUUGCCCCCAAGGUAAUCACUGAACAUAAAGAUGAAUGUAGCAUCAUGAAAGAAUCGGAGGAUUCUGAGAAAGAGGAUUUUGAUCUCAAACAUUAUGCAACCUUGGAAGAAUUAAAAAGUGGAAAGUUGCCUCCAGAGGAAAUCUUAUCACUUCCAAUGUUUAAGAACUAUGCGGCUGGGAAUCCUGCUCCUGUGUUGUACAUAAAGAACUUGGCAAAAGAUGUGGUUGUAGAUGACUUCUAUUUCAUAUUUGGAUCAUUAUUUGGAAGUGUGGAUGCUGCUAAAUCUGGUCUUAGUGUGAAGUUGAUGCAGGAGGGAAGAAUGAGGGGCCAAGCUUUUGUGACAUUUCCAUCAGUUGAACUUGCUCAUCAUGCUUUGAAUGUAGUGAAUGGAUACGUUUUCAAAGGCAAGCCAAUGAUUAUCCAGUUUGGUCGGAACCCUGCUGCUGCAAAAGAGAAAUAAACAGAUAUCCUGCAAUAGGAACAGCUAUUAUGAUGCAUGAGGACAAAUGAACCUACUGAAGAGGCCAAGCCCAGGUAAAUUCUGACGAUGAUCUGCUGCACCAAAUGCAGGCACUUAUGCCUUCACUAAGUUUAUCCUUUCAUUUAUCGAGGGCUUGAGGGUAUUGAAUACAAGCACACUCCUGAAUCAAUCAUAAUGAAGGAUGUGAAGGAAAUUUUUAGGCCAAAAUUUUUUCAGGUGGCCAACCCAGUUGGCCUUGGCUUCUCAAUUGUCACGCUCAGGGCAACUAUUCCAUUUCUAUAUCCUUCAUUAAACCCUAAUGCGAUUUUUGAAUUGACAUCAUAACCAUCUUCAUUUGUGCAGUUAGUUUUGAUUUCUAGAGCUGUGUGGACUGACUUUCUUUCUUCUGAUUAGAUUUUGUACAACACAUUGUGUACCUUGAGAAGGAUUUUUCAUCCUCUGUAGUUUGUUACCUCUUGCUGUGAAAAACUCAGAGAAAUGCUUCCAGGGAACAACACCAAGCUAGACGCCUUGUCUGAAAAGAAAUUAGUGAUUGAGGGGUUUCCUGAGGAGGGUUCUCUUUUGGAUGAGAUGAGGAAGCUGGAGAGGUUCGUUGGGCUGGUGGAUCCAUUUUUGGAGGUUGGGAGCAGCCUUGAAAUGAAGUUUGAUUGCCCAAAACUGAAGACGUUUCUUGACCUGGCUGAAGGGUUGAUCCAGUUGUUGGAGCAUAAUCUGUAAGCAGCCUGACUCUCAUACUUGUUCUUGUUGAAGCCUAUUUGAUACACCGCAUAACCAAAAGUUACUAGAGUUUGAAAGGAGUAAGGUAGAGCUGAGAUGGUCAUUUUACUCUAAUAAGUCUCUCUGUUCUGUUCAGUUCAGUUCUUCUAUCUAAAUGUAGUUGGUGGUCAUAGAGUUGAAUACUAAUGUCAAUUAUCAAACAAGGAAGCAAAAGAAUGGCUUGAGAUCUUAGAUAAUUUUAGUCUGAUCA